AUAUGGAGAGGAAAGGACAGGAACUAGCCACUACUGUGCUGACCUGUAAAGGAGACUUGAGGGACCCUACUUUUCCCUAUCGUUUACGCCACCUGGUGGGCAAGUUACAGUCUCUUAUUUCAGACAAGGAGAAGCCAUUUGAAGUGACAAAGGUGGAACCUUGGAAUAGUGUGCGAGUCACGUUUAAUAUUCCACGAGAAGCUGCUCAGAGACUACGCCAGCUAGCGGAACGAGGAGAUCACGUCUUGAAGGACUUGGGUAUCCUUUCAGUACAAGUAGAAGGGGAACAGGUUAUCACUCUUACAUUAGCUGGUCAUUACAGUGAACCUCAGGAGGUAGUGUUCCAUAAGAAUUCAGAUCCACACAGUACUCAGUUCAGCAGCAGUCCAUCAUCUGCUUUUGACACAUCCAGUUUGGAAGGUUCUCCUGGACCAAGCAAUGUUGAGGCCACACGGAAAAACAUUGUACAGUAUCUUAGCCAACAGGGAGGUAUGGCCACAGUAGCUAUGGAAUCAUCUCAUGGAACUACUUUAUCUGAACACUCACCAGUAGGUGGAGCUGCAUCAGUUGAUCUCAUUUGUCUGCAAGGCAACACUUGGUUUAAGUCCCCCAAUGUGGUAGCUCCAGCAACCAGUGAACCUAUUCCAUUUUUCCAAACAAGUAGUGCUGGUUCAACUCGUGUUUCUCCAACAAAUCAGACUCGCACUCAUAACAGCUUUGGACCAUUUCCGUUUGCCAGCAUGACUCAUGCUAUGACUACAAAGCAUGCUGUGCAUCAUCAUUGCCAAGGAGGUGUUACUUGUUCACCUACACCUUCUUCUAGCACGAGCCCUCCAGUAUAUCAACAGUCAUAUUCUCAUCCAGAUACCAUGUUUAGUAAUCUUGCCACUCAUACCUCAACUGUGCUACCUUCUUCUUCCAGCAGUGCUUCGGUAAAUGUUGCCCUUACUAGUCCGCUUCUUGUGAAUCUUUUACAGAAUGAUGGACAGCAAGAACAACAACAUCCUAACCUUUUAAUGCCACCGCCCUCAGUAGAUGCCAAGCAGCCUCCUAAGCGAAAAAGAAAGUCUCAUAAACUCAAGGGAAAACCUUUGAACAGGGAAGAUUUUGUAGGAGAGGGAGAAAAUAAACCAUUGGAGUUGUUAUCGUAUUCUACGUCGGUAUCUUCCUUUGAUCACAACAUAGGAUUUAACGCUAUUUCCAUGCCACCUGUUUCUUCCACAUCAACAGCCUUUGAUAAUUUUGAUGUGCUCAGUAGGAAUCCUUUCGAUAUGUCACUGCCAAACAUUCCAUCAGUUCCCAGCAUUCAUCCAGAAGCCGAAGGUCAGCCACAAGUGCAUACUGGUGAUCUCCCUUAUUGUACCUCAGCAGUCUCCUCUUCUCUUUAUCAGACCAGUCAAGGUAUAAGUAAUGGAAUUUGGGACUCACCCAAAACAGCUCCAGAGCCAGUAUCUUUACCUUCACCCUCUUCCUCUGAUGGCAAAACAAAGCAUCUUAUAAAUCCAUUCACAGGCCAGUUGGAACCAAUGCUAAGUGAUGAUGAGGAGGAAGAGUCUACUGGUUCUCUUGCACUUUUUCCAGAGUUUGAAAUGGAUAUGCCUGAAAAUGGACAGUCUGAACGGAGUCUGUCUGAUGAUGGAAAAGAUAAUAACCCCUAUUCUGAUACAGACUCUGGAAUCAGUAAGUCUCUUACAGAUGUGUCACAAUCUCCAGAAUCAGAAACUAACAUCCAAAGCACCAAAGUAACAGUCCAAACUGAUUCAGUUAUCUCUAGCAGUAAUCCUGGAGAAAUGCUCAAGCUACGAUUGAAACUAGAACCAAAAGUUCUUUGUGAAGUGAAAGAGAAUGAAAAGGGCAGGACAGAUAAAGACAGCGGAUAUUCAUCACAGUCACCUCAUAAAAAUGACAUUUCUUGUAUCAGUAUUCCUUUUAAGAAAACAGGGUUGACGAAUUCUUCUGAACCCAGGGUACCUCCUCUUCAUAUAUCUUUGCGUGGACCUAAUGCGGCAGUUGUUAUUAAUCCUAAGAAUGAGGAAAAAACAAGAUCAACAACAGCUACCAAAGAAGUUCCUCUUGUUAAUGUUGCAGACUCUCUUAAAGUGGAAGGAUCUUCCCAAAAGAGUUGUCAGUUUGGUAAUAAAAGUGUAACUUUCAGUGGGGACAAAAAGUGUUCAGUAGGUAGGAGUGGCCCUUCAGUGCCUAGUAAUACAGAUUUCCAGAUACAUACUAGUAAUUUAAAAUCUGAAUAUGAAGAGUACUUGGAUGCUAGGUUUGCAGAAACUACCUUAUCACAUUCACAAGCUGUCAGAAGCAGCAUAGAAUCAUCACUGCCUGUUUCCCCCAUUACCUCAUCUGUUCUAACUGUGUCUUCUGUGAAAGUUCCCUUUCCUAACCUAAAUCCAAGUGUACAAAUACCCAAUGAAGUUGACAAAUCCAGGCUUUUGAGGGCAGUUGAACGGUUACAACAGCCAGUCACAGAUAACAACAUAUUUCUUUCUGUUCCAUUAACUGCCACUGGGUUGUCAGGAGCCCAGGCUGUCACAUCUGCAGCCUUUUUAACUGUCACACAACCUGAUAAUCACAAGAAGCCAUUUCUCAUCAGAGAGGAGAACUUAAUCUAUGAAGAAAAAUCAAAGGAGUUUUUCGCAAAGCCGUCCACGAAUCUACCUCAACCAACAGAAGGAAAUCGGCUCUCUUAUGUCACGUUGUUACAAGAAAGAAAAAAGGGUCACAAGUUACCUUUUGUUGAGAAAUUCUCUUGUGUUAACUCUGUUGUUCCUUCAUCCAGUGGAUCUGUUUACAGCCAAGCAACAGUGUCACGCGUCAUGACAUCAAGUAGUGAGUGUAACGUCUCAUCCUUGAUGACAAGUUCACAUGCAGUAGCAGUGAACCAACUUAGAGAAACAUUACCUGACAUCCAAGAGUCUCAAAAAGCAUCACCUGGGAAAGGUGUGAAAUUUAAAAGUAAUAUAAAAGAAAAACAAGAAAGAGACCCCAAGACCAUUCAAAUGCUCUUUCACACCAAUCGUAGCCCAUAUCUCAAUACCUUGUCUGAAGGAUCAGCGGAGAGAUCUGAACAGGAAGCACAUCAGAUAACCAAUGGACAGCAGCCAAGCUCUUCUAGCAGCAGUCCCAUUUCACAUCAGGAUUCUCAGUUGUAUUCACCAGAGGCUAAGAACCUAGGACUAUUACCAGUAGUAACAUCAAGCAGUGUCGAUCACUUGAAUGGACCUUCAAACAUUUGUCCAAUGGAUACACAUCCACUGGUAAAAACAUCAGACAAUGCUUAUCACAACAAUCUAAGGCCUUCUUAUAGAUGUGUGAAUCAUGUGAACAGUUCUAUAUCAAUUUUAAAUAACCAGGAAGUAUUAGGCUUAAGCUUCGUGGAGGUGAGUAGGAACCACUCAUCUCCUGUUGCUAGAGUUCUCACACUAGGUAGUAAUGCUGGUGUAAGCCCAGUAUCAAAACUGAUUGAAGUGCCUUCUGUCGAGAGAAUGCCAAAAGCAAGCUCCAUAGGCUGUAAAAGUAAUUUUCCAGCAGUAACUGAUUUACCAACACUUGUAUCUUCUCGAGAUGAUAUGCGCCUGCACCAGGUUUCACUUCUUCAAAAUAGAGAUAAUGUUAAUAGUGAUCACAUUCGCUGUCCUUCAUCAAACCAGGCAUCAUUGAGACCUAAAUCCCUGGUUAUAGGGACCAGAAACAAUAAGCCUAGUCUUUUACUGAACGACUCAACUGGUGAAGUGAACUAUUGUUUUGAUUCUCAAAAUUCUGACAAUCUCUCUAGUUUCGUGGAAGAAUGUGAUAGUACUGUUUUAAGUGAGGAGUCCAGCAUGGACUCUGUUGAUGAAGGCACAGGAAGGUAUACAUUGACUUCUCAAAAAGAUGUGAAAAAUGAUAUAACAUUGUCUAAAUCACCCUUCCAGUCAUAUUCUUCUUCCAAGGAGACUUUAGAUAGAGAGAAACAUGUUAGUGAAAAAGCACUUCCUGGUGAAGAUGGAACCAGUCAUUAUAAAGAUGUUUCUUUGAGGCAUGUUGAGGAUGUGUCAUCUAAGUCAUUUGAAGAUAAUUCAGGACAUUCAACUGAAAAAAACUCAAUUGAUGUCUUGGAGAACAGUUUAAAACCAGGAUCUGCUAUGGUGGCACCAUCCUUUGGAAAUGACAAGCUUCCAACAACUGUCUGUUUAUAUGAUCAUUUGACAAUAAGCAAUAACAAUAGUAUCACUACCCAGAAAGUUACAUCUGUGUCUUCCACUGGUAAAGGAGCCAAUCUUAAUUUCAUUAGUCAGGAACCACUCUCAACUCUCAAAAGUUCUUUUCCUUGUGUUCACCCAGUUGAAGGAGUUACAACAAAACCAGCAGGUGUUCUCCAACCUACUAUUUUUACUUGCUCUCAGUCAAGUUCUGGUUGUUCCUCAACUACAGCUAAAAAUAAGAAACCCAGUUUUCACUUCACAGAUCUUAGGUCAUUUGAGAGACAACAAACAGUAUCUUCACAUUCUAAUUCUGUUUGUUUGCAGCCGGAUAUUGAAACUGGUUAUAAACCACUUGAAAUUAACAUGAAUGUUUCUUCUUAUUCUUACCCUGUGUGUACACAUUCAAGUAGUCCUACUUCUGAUGGAAUGGAACUAUUAGUCUUUACAUGUUCCUGUGCUCAUUCAGCUACAGUUACCUUUACCUCUAGUUCUCCUGGGACAAAUCUGAAACUUUCUACACAACCUUCCACAUGUUUUACUACAGCUACAUCUUCUAGUUCUACUAGUGUAGAGCUACUGGUUUCUUCACAACCUUGUAUUCGUUCAACUACAGUUACUUCCUCAUGUUGUACAGGGUCAGAGCUAACAGUUUCUUCACAUCCUUAUACUACCUUAGCUACAGCUACUUCCUUAAGUUUUACAGAGGCAGAGCAAACAGUUUCUACAAAUCCUUAUAACAUUUUGUCUACAGUUACUUCCAUAAGUUCUAAAGGAGCAGAGCUAACAAUUUCUACAAAUUCAUUUUCUUCUUCAGCUACAUCUACUUCUGCAAGUUCUACAGGGACAAAGCUCAUAUUUUCUACACAACCUUCUACUUCUUCGGCUAUAUUUACUUCCACGAGUUCUACAAAGGCAGGGCUCACAUUUUCUACACAUCCUUCUACUUCUUCGGCUAUAUUUACUUCCACAAGUACUACAGAGACAAAGCUCACAUUUUCUACACAUCCUUCUACUUCUUCGGCUAUAUUUACUUCCACAAGUUCUACAGAGGCAGGGCUCACAUUUUCUACACAUCCUUCUACUUCUUCGGCUAUAUUUACUUCCACAAGUUCUAUAGAGGCAGGGCUCACAUUUUCUACACAUCCUUCUACUUCUUCGGCUAUAUUUACUUCCACAAAUUCUAUAGAGGCAGGGCUCACAUUUUCUACACAUCCUUCUACUUCUUUGGCUAUAUUUACUUCUACAAGUUCUACAGGGACAAAACUCACAUUUUCUACACAUCCUUUGACUUCUUCGGCUAUAUUUACUUCUACAAGUUCUACAGGGACAAAACUCACAUUUUCUACACAUCCUUCUACUUCUUCGGCUAUAUUUACUUCUACAAGUUCUACAGGGACAAAAAUCACAUUUUCUACACAUCCUUCUACUUCUGUGUCUACAUUAACUUCUACAAGUUCUAAAGGGACAGAACUCACAUUUCCUACACAUCCUUCUACUUCUUUGGCCACAUUUACUUCCGCAAGUUCUACAGAGGCAGGGCUCACAUUUCCUACACAUCCUUCUACUUCUGUGUCUACAGUAACUUCCGCAAGUUCUACAGAGGCAGGACUCACUUUUCCUACACAUCUAUCGGCUCUGUCUUGAUAGAACUUGAGGAAGUUACUGUAGACACAGAAGUAAGAAGUAGAAGGAUGUGUAGGAAAUGUUUUUGUAGAAACUGUUAGCUCUGCACUAGCAGAACUAGAGGAGGUAACUG